GGAAGGAGAGAUGGAGGUGGAAGGUGGACGGGAGGGAGCGUGGACGGAGCGGGGCAACGUGUGGCGCGCGUAAGUACUUGUCAUUCACCCUCGGUCGCCGUCUCGAAGCAUCCCCUUCGACCUCGAAAACACCGUUCAACCUCUCCUUCCAGCUCUUCGUAUCGUCUUGGUGAAAUCUCCCGAACAUGUCCUUCCGUAAUCCCAUCCUCAGCGGUUUCAACCCCGACCCGUCAAUCGUCUUUGUCGACGGCGUCUACUACCUCGCGACCUCGACCUUCCAAUACUUCCCUGGGGUCCCCAUUUACCGCUCGACGGACUUGGUCGACUGGAAACUCAUCGGCCAUGCGCUCAAUCGGCCCUCGCAACUUCAGAUGCGAACGACCGAAGGCGGCGGGGGGAUCUUCGCGCCGACUUUGCGUCAUCACAAGGGGAGGUUUUACAUGACCACUUGUUGUGCUCAUCGCAUCCGAUUCGGGACUACAGAUCCCUUUGUCACGCCUCGCGGAUUCUACGUCUGGACCGACAACAUCAUGGACGACGCAUCCUGGAGCGAACCGAUCUUCUUUGACAUGCUAGGAAUCGACCAGGACCUCUUCUUUGACGACACCACAGACAAGGUCUACCUCUCAACCACCGCUCGACUCUAUCAACCCGACCUCCCCCGAUACGGCUUCGACACGGCCCCCUGGAUAUCCGAGGUCGACCUCGAGUCUGGUCGCCUUUUGACCCUCCCUAAACUCCUACGCCAAUCGCCCAUCGGGGUAGGGAUCGCCGAAGGUUCUCAUAUCUUCCGUAAAGAUGACUAUUACUACCUCAUCACGGCUGAGGGCGGGACCGAGACGAUACACCAGCAAUGGGUUUUCCGAUCAAAGUCGGGCCCCGAGGGGCCAUGGGAGACAGGUCCGGAAGGUACGGUCAAUCCGAUGGUCUUCAACGGAGAAGACGAGUUCGUGCAACAGACCGGGCACGUCGAUUUCGUCCAGGGUCACGGAGGUGCAUGGUGGGCCGUCAUGCUCGGGUUCCGGAACCAAAGACAUCCUGAGACGGGUGAUAAGCUAUGGAGCGUCUUGGGAAGGGAGACGUUCCUCUGCCCUGUGGAAUGGGAGGAAGGAUGGCCGAUUUUGAACGGCCGGAAGAAGAUUGGGUUGACCGGAGAAGCCCCAGAGGGGUUGGGCUUGUCGAGGUUGUCGAGCAGGAUCUCGUGGCGAGAGGAGGCUCCUCGCUUUCUGUCGGCCUUGACAGACACCUUGCCCCUGGGCUGGUACACCGUCCGGACCCCGAUCAAGCCGUUCCACUCGCUCUCCGCUUCAUCCGGCCUGACCAUCUACCCAUCCCCCUACUCUAUCACAGAUGACGAGUCCCCCUCGAUGUUACUUCGCCGACAAGACGCUUUCGUCGGCACUUGGGAGACGGUCGUUGACUUUACUCCUGGCCGACCGGGCGAGGAGGCAGGUACGGUAGUCUGGUGGAGCAAGUGGGCGUUCUCGAGCGUUGGCGUGAGGGGGAUCGAGGGAGGUAGGGAGGUGGUGUUCAAGUUUCCUACGCUCGAGGACGACAAGAUCCAGGAGACGAUUUUCCCUUCAUCGCAUGUCGGCCCCGUCAAGCUUCGUAUCCAAGCGACUCCCACAUCCUACACCUUGUUCUUUUCCGAAAUCACCGGCGACUCAUCUUCAAAUCCGACCUCCUGGACCACAGCGGGUUCCAUCUCUGCCGCCGUCAUGGUCCGUCAACGGAUGAUAGACUCGAUCAUGACCGGGACUCAUUUCGGCUUGUACGCGUUCGGGGCGCAUCACGAGCCGUCCUUAUCGAAAGCGUCGUUCAAGUAUGCGACGUGGGAGGCGGACCGAGACGGGGUAGCUCAAGGAGCCUAGACUAGAAGCCGUGUCUUUAUACUUAUUGAAGGGGUGUGUACUCUUGAACGAUUAUUGACAUCGAACAUACAGUAUAAGGG